GGUGUGGCGGCGAGAGCAGAGAGUACGCUAUGAAGGCCUCGGGCACGCUGCGAGAGUACAAGGUGGUAGGGCGCUGUCUGCCCACCCCUAAAUGUCACACUCCGCCCCUGUAUCGGAUGCGAAUCUUUGCACCUAAUCAUGUUGUCGCCAAGUCCCGCUUCUGGUACUUUGUGUCUCAACUGAAGAAGAUGAAGAAGUCUUCUGGAGAAAUUGUCUACUGUGGACAGGUGUUCGAGAAAUCUCCCUUGCGGGUGAAGAACUUCGGCAUCUGGCUGCGCUAUGAUUCACGCAGUGGCACCCACAACAUGUACCGGGAAUACCGGGAUCUGACCACCGCAGGCGCCGUCACCCAGUGCUACCGAGACAUGGGUGCCCGACACCGUGCCCGGGCCCACUCUAUCCAGAUCAUGAAGGUGGAGGAGAUUGCAGCCAGCAAGUGCCGCCGGCCAGCGGUCAAGCAGUUCCACGACUCCAAGAUCAAGUUCCCACUGCCCCAUCGGGUCUUGCAUCGUCAGCACAAGCCACGCUUCACCACCAAGAGGCCCAACACUUUCUUUUAGAUGCAGAGCCUGCCGGUGCCCAAGUCUGCUCAAAUAAACAUCUCGGGUAAAACCAAAAAAAAAAAAAAAAAAAAAAAAAAUAAGAAAUAGAUAUUUGGUCUCAGUCUCCAAUUCUUGGCACAAAACUCCAAUAACUCUUGUAAUUUCCUGAGUGAUGGGGAGAGGAGUAUCUUUUGUUAUUCAUAAUAAGCCCCUUUCCACCACACCUGGGUUUAUGAUCAUGAGGUGGCUCUUUUUUUUUUUUAAUUUUUUAUUUAUGAUAGUCACACAGAGAGAGAGAGGCAGAGACACAGGCAGAGGGAGAAGCAGGCUCCAUGCACCGGGAGCCCAAUUGGGACUUGAUCCCAGGUCUCCAGGAUCGCACCCUGGGCCAAAGGCAGGCGCCAAACCGUUGCGCCACCCAGGGAUCCCUCAUGAGGUGGCUCUUGAAGAUGGGGCUUGUUGCUAGAGAAGCAAACCACAUGAUUAGAGAAUUGGAACCUUCAGCCCCACCCCUCAACCUUUGGAGACAAGAAGGGCUGGAGAUUGAAUUAAUCACCAAUGACCAUUGAUUCAAUCAGUCGAGCCUUCGUGGAAUUAUAUAAAAUUUCUAGACAUGAGACACUCCAUUUUGAAGCUCUCCUUUUCUUUCUAAUUCCUGAACUCUUGAACUGGGCCAGAAGUGGUCAUUGUAUUGCAAAUAGUUGCUUAUAAAACCAACAGAACAAACUGGUCCUUGGACCAUAAAACUGUUUAUAUUACCUUUAUGAAGACAAACGUUAACUAGUGCAUCCCCAGAGGAAGUUUGUUUGAUAACACCUAUAAAAUAAUCAACUAGGUAGUAAUCAAAGGCAGCUCAACCAGUUAGCACUGAAUUAAGUUUUUUUUUUUUCUUUUCUCGCCUGUAUCUAUGUCAAGUAGUUACCCUCCUUCUUUCUCACAACGACCUUUUAUGUUCCCAUGUGAGCAGGACACUUUUCUGGUCACUCUGGAAACCAUGCUUGCCAAAUUGCAAUUCUGAGACCUCAGAUGGAGGCCUUUGUUCUUUUUCAGUUUUCCCUCUUUUUCUCAGUUGACACCUUCAUAAUGGAACCUCCAUAAAAAUCCUAGACCAAGAGGUUUGGAGAGCAUCCCAUCCAGGUUGAACACACUGAGGUGCUGGGAGGGUGACCACCCAGAGGGCAUGGAAGCUCUGUGCCCCUUCCCACACACCUUGCCCAUUGCAUCUCUUCUAUUUGGCUGUUUCUGAGUUGUGUCCUUUAUAAUAAAUUGGUGAUAAUAAGUAAA